AUGGCUGGUUACCGAGAGAAGAUGGCUGGUGACGAGUCGCUCAUCCAGUCGGAUCCAAAAGUAGAGGACCGCGUCGAGACACCGUCCACCAAGAUGACCGCCUGUGAGCGUCUUCAGAGCUACACCCCAGGAUUAUUGCUCCAAGUCUUUGCUCUUUUAAAGUUCUCCUUCGUUCUCUAUCUUUCGAUCAACGGUCGCUGGAACGAGAAGGAGAUGCCAAUUGUGAUUCUGGUGUUGGGUCACAACACUCUUCUUCUCUUGGCUGCCACUUUCCAAGACUUCUGCACUUUGGUCCUCUGUUGGAUCACUACCUGUGCCACCUUCAUCCUGCACAUAAUACUUCUUGUCACCGUCCCAAUUUUCGUCACCAGCUACUUUGCUUCCGAUACCGCUCGCACUGUCAGAAUCCCCAAUGAGUGGAAGCUCUUCCGUGAACUCAUCAACUAUCAAUCGGCUGAGGAGAGAAGAUUCAACGAUGGGAUUCAGAAUGGAAUGAACGUCGAGAUGUUCCUCGUGGUAUUGGUCUUCAUCUUCGGAAUUCAAAUGGCCUUGAUAAAUUCGACACUCAACGCUAAAUUGGAUCAGUUGAAGCGCGAGAAGCAACUCCGCGAGAAAAGAAAUUCUGUCUACUUGGUCUAA